AUGACAGAAAUUAAACAUUCAGUAGCAGAAAAGGCCAGUGCAAGAUUGGAAAAAGAAAAACUGUUCUACGAGGAAGAGUUAAGAUCUCUUCAACAGAAAGCGAGUAGUUUCUGUGAUUCUACCGAUAAAUAUACCAAGGCGUUGAUUCAGGAGCAAAUAAAUGAAACCAAUAAAGCUUUGGAUGCGGUGGAUCUGAAAAUCAAAGAAUUUUCACUCACUCAAGGAGAAAAGUAA